AUGGGUUGCAUUGUCAGCUCUCUGGCUUGUUGUUUCUGCUCGUCUGCAGCCUCUUUGUGUUGCCAUUGCUUGCCAUCAUGCAAAAGUUCGACUUCGAGCCGAUUGAUGUAUGGACUUAUUCUUCUAAUAUCAGCCUUGUUGUCCGCUCUUACAUUGAUUCCUGAGUUUGGAAAAUUUUUGACCAAAAUACCAGCACUAUGCACCUCCUCUUUUCAAGGGCAAGUUGAUUGCAGCCUAAUUACGGGAUUUGGAGCCGUGUACCGUAUAUGCUUCGGAACUUCGAUGUUUUUCAUUUUGUUAUGCCUUUUAAUGAUCCGUGUGAGAUCUUCCAAGGACCCACGUUCUCGAAUUCAUAACGGAUUUUGGUUCUUCAAAUUUUUAAUUUGGAUUGCUUUAAUCGUUGCUGCCUUCUUUAUUCCAGCUAAUGGCUUUACCUUUGCUUGGAUGAUUAUUGGGACAAUUGGUGGGGCUAUAUAUAUCGUUGUUCAACUUAUACUUCUCACUGACUUUGUCCACUCCUGGAACAGCAAUUGGGUUGAUAAAUAUGAGGAAACUGAGAAAAAGGCAUACGCAUGUGCCAUCAUUUUCUUCACGCUUCUUUUUUAUGUGGCCUCUAUCGCUGGUGUCGUGUGCUUCUACAUAUUCUACGCUUCUGCGCCGGAGUGUGUACUCCACAAGGUGCUGAUAAGCGUCAACUUAAUCCUUUGCUUCAUCUUUAGUGUUGUUUCCAUCCUUCCCAUAAUUCACCGCCACCUCCCAAAGUCUGGGCUUCUACAAUCAUCUUCGAUAACUCUCUACAUAAUGUAUCUGUCUUGGUCUGCCAUGACUAACAAUCCGGACAGGGCUUGCAAUCCUGCCAUUCAAUUCGUGUCCAAUGCUUCCUCAACUGACGAUGGUCAAUCAACAUCUGCAGGUUCCAUCGAUUUAAUAUUCAACUGGCAAAUAUUUAUUGGGCUCCUCAUUUUGAUAUUCUCAGUCAUCUAUUCUACCAUCCGCUCCAGCUCG